AAGGCGAUUAGCAGAUGAAAUGCUUGGUAUUGACUAUAAUGUAACUGAAAAUUUAAGAAGUAAAAAGCAUGUAAAAACAUUAGAAUCACAACAUAGUUUAGCUACAUUCUCUAAAAAAAAGGAAAGAAAUG